AUGGCUUCUGAGGACAUUACUCUCAAAAGCGUCACCACCUUGGGGAGCUCGACAGAGAGGGAGAAGAAGCCUCUGGUUAGGACAUACUCCGAAAGCGAGAGCGCAAACUUCCACGAUAUCACAGGAGUGAGACUAUAUGAUGAUUUCAAGUACAGACCAUCGAAAUCGCUGCACUACAACGAGAACAGGAGUUCGGGAGGGCAAACUCCUACUGGAGAGGAGAACGACGCCUCUGGCUUGAGGUUCUCCAAAAGCCAUACCAACGGUUCAGGGUACGAUGGAAUGCAAGAUGAAUAUGUGCCAGGACUUAACUUUGCAGCUUCCAUUAGUAAGUGGUUCCAAGACGAAGAAGAGGAGCAUUUAUUUGACUUCAACGACCUCACCUACAGCCGCACCGAUGUUGAAAAGGUCACUGAUUCAUUGAACACCAGUCCGAGGGAUUCCCGCGCAAACUCAGCUUCUUCUGUUUUAACAGGAGAAGCAGCUCUGAUAAACAAGCUUCACAACCAGGUUCACCCAAUACAUGUUCCCAAGAGGUCACCCCGAGCAAACCUCUCAUCGUUCGAGAGGACCGGCCAAUCAUCCAGCAGUCCCGAACGCAAAUUCGACAGAGGGAUCCUAGAUGCGAUACCAGCAAACUUCUAUGAUCUAUCGUUUUCCGAAAGGAAGAAGCUCGUGGCGGAUUUGAUACCGUUGGAAGCGGCCAAUGAAAACUAUAGAGAGCAUCUGGGGAAGCUGAUCAAAUCGAAAUUUAGAAAGAAGUCUGUUUCCUCGAAAGCUACGUCUCCAGCAUUUCGUAUGAGCCAUGCGAGUGUGAGUCUGGAUUUUGAGACCAAACCCGAUAACAUCAACGAUAAGGGAAGUGUGGUAAUGGGCUACAGACUUGGGAAUAUCAUAGGGUUUGGGGCUUGGGGAAUCAUAAGAGAUUGUCUCCCCGUGGAUAAAUCAUUACCUAGUCGUGAUGCUUCUCACCAAUCCAGUUAUGUGGAAUCUCAUCCAGCUUCUUUUGCUCCCACGCGGAGAAGUUCAUUGGCAGUGAGCUACAACUCGAAUGGGGAGAUAACCAAUACCGCAGUCAAUGCGAGCAUCCAAAAUCAGAUCAAAGCCAUGAAGAUCAUCAACGUAUCAUCGCCUGAAAUUAGGUCGAGGUUCUGUGCAGAAAUUGAAAUGUGGUCGUUAUUGCACCACCCAAACAUCCUACCGUUAUUGAACUGGAAACAGGCAAACAACACUAUCUUUGCGCUCACCACCAAGAUUCACGGUGGAACCCUUUUCGAGCUGGUUAGGUUUUGGGGAGAGAUAGACUCAAAGUGUGCGACUAUUCUUUUGGAAACGAGAAUCACCGAGACAAAAAAGUACUGCAUUGAUGUUUUACAGGCAUUGUCGUAUAUGCACUCAUUGGGUAUAGUGCAUGGAGAUGUUAAGCUUGAGAAUUGCCUGAUGGACAGAUAUCUGGAUUCCGAAAACCAAGAGAAGAUCAAAAUUGUUCUCUGUGAUUUUGGAAUGGCAAGAUUCUAUGAUAGUGCUGAUCCAAGUGCCCUUUCGCCUUUACGUCAGCCGGUGAACAAGUCCAGUUCUUUCUCCAAUUUCAAAUCUGUUGAUCAUCACGAGGACCGAAAAGAAGACCUUUCAAAUUCUCUAAACAUCGCCCACGACAGGAGCUCACAUACUUCGUUGCAAAGGCUGAUGCAAAACAAGAGGGCUGUCCAAAAUAAUGACCCCAUUGGGAUAUCCUCGAUUGACAGAUGGUAUGGCCCUUCACCAAGUUCUCUCACACUGGCCCGGCGGCCGUACGCACCUGUUUCCUCGGAAGCCACCACAGCCGAGCCUGAGGGCUUGAUUACGACUGCAACAAUUGGAUCCAAUGCUCCAUCCAAGACUGCUAAGGAAGAGCCUAUUCAACCAGACAGCCAUAUCGGGUCUUUGCCAUAUGCGGCGCCCGAAACCCUCAAACCUACACCGCCCCAAUUGGAUUAUAAAACAGAUAUGUGGGCGUUCGGAGUUAUGGUGUAUACCAUGAUUACUGGAAAUUUGCCUUUUCAACAUCAAUAUGAGCCAAGAUUGCGUGCCAUGAUCCUGAGUGGUAGGUAUGAUGUGGAUCUGAUGCGAAAUGUGCUCCAGAGUGAAAAAUCCCAGUUUCUUAGCGCGAUCGAAUCUUGUCUGGAUAUCAAUCCUGAAAAACGGCUUACGGCGCAACAAUUUCUUAAGCUGUUGCAAGCAUAA